CUGUCUAAGGCGCUGAAAGGCGCGCGAAACUUGCAAAAGGAAAUAGCAUCCUUGCGGCGGCGCAAUGCUGGGUUGGAGAAGACGCUGGAGAGCAUUGAGCAAGCAGAGGAUGCAUCUGUUCAACCCAAGAGAGGGAAGAAAGGUGGGCCUACUGUGGCCAGAUUGCAAGUAGAGGUUGGGAGGCUCAACGAACGCGUGCGGAUGCUGCAGAAGGAGAAGCAAAGAGAUAGGAGGAAGAUUGAGAAGCUGCGUAUCAGGGAGGCGCAAGCAGACGCUACCGAACUCCAAGAUGAUGCCGAGUUUGAGGUGGGCGAUUCCGCCUAUCGCAUGAGAAAGCUUUUGCGGCAUUUCCACGAUAUCAUGGUUUCUAGCUCAAUUGAAGAGAACGAAGAAUGUCCCAUUUGCCUGGAGAAGCUUACAAUACAACAGUGCUCAAGCCUGGCCUGCGAACAUACAAUAUGCAAUGAAUGUGUCUCUCGUAUUUCAACAGCGUCAGAAGUCGUCACAUGUCCGCAGUGUCGAGCACCCUGUCCCCGAAACGAGAUUGAGGUUCUUCAAUAUACCGCCUCUGAACAAUGGGAUGCGUUGCUCGAAGUCGCAAAGGCAUGGGCAAAGAUGGAUCGUCGCAGAGAGGCAGACACAAGCGAGGAAGAAGCUGAGGAGGAAUUCAUUGACGAUGGGCAACCGGAUGAUGAAGGGUGA